GUAGAAAAAGAAAGAGGAGUGGGGUGGAGUAAAUUUGAACACGAUGUCAGAAAUAUGUCAGAAGACUAACAGUUUAGUAACAGAAAGAAGCAGUAGGCAUUGAUAAGUAUAAGUGUGCUUGAUUAUUAAAUAGCUUAUAUAAAAUUUGAUAGAGUGAGAUCACUGAAAAACAAUAUAAACAAACUUAAGAAAUUUACAAUAAGAUGUGAAAGUUUAUCUGAGAGACAGGGGAAAGAAGUAGAGAGACCAACUCGGAGACCACACAACCUAACCAGGUCCAUCUGGUCACUUCAGGGAAAACUUCAGGGAAAAUACAUUUCAGGCAUUCGGAUCUAAUCAAGUGUAUUGGCCACUUUCUGUUGACGAAACUCCGUCCAAUUUCUCAAUUUCACUUAUCUUUGCCGUUCUGAGGUCAACAACGUGCGUAAUCAGAACCAACUGAUGACACUGCCGACUGGACAAUCGUAUCUUCUUACACAGUUCAAUUUUUCUUCUGACGCCUUCAUCAUGGGAUCAGAAAAUGGGAACUCCUCCAUGGAUAACACGACAAUAAACGGUCCCAAGAGCAUGGGUAACAACAUUUCUCUUACCUUUGGGGCCCUCAUUCUCAGCAUUGUCUUCCUCCUGGGUGUUCCAGGCAACCUCUUCAUUAUCUGGAGCAUCCUGGCACGUGCCCGCAAACGCUCCGUCACUACACUGCUCAUCUUCCACCUGGCGUGUGCAGACGGUUUUCUGAUGUGUCUGACGUUUUUCUUUAUAAUUUACCUUGCCAAGCAGGAGUGGAUAUUUGGAGGUGUCAUGUGCAAGCUGCUUUUCUACUUGUGCAAUACAAACAUGUACGCUUCUAUUAUGAUCAUUACGCUGAUGAGUCUACACAGACUAGUGGCAGUGGUGUGGCCCACAUACUUGACUGCUUGUACUCGUAGACGGAUGGUAUUACUUGUGCUCGGGGGCCUGUGGAUUUUUGUAUUUCUUUUGGCACUUCCUGCUUUGAUAUUCAGAGAAGAAACAAUUACGAAUGACCACGGAACGAACCGCACAAUAUGUGCAACUCAUCACCAGCAUUCUCAGCAUGUGGUAUUCCAGUACACACUUGAGACAGUGGUGGGCUUCCUGGUACCAUAUGUGAUCAUUGUCAGCAGUUAUGUGUGUAUCCUUCGCCGCCUCAGACAGACCAUGUUCAAGAGAAGGAUACGAAGCGAGAAUCUUAUUCAAGCCAUCAUUGUGACCUUCUGCAUUUUUUGGCUUCCUUAUCACAUUAUUAAUAUAAUGCAAGUGGUGGCAGCACUUAUACAAAAGGGACCAACCCAAAAAAGAUUGGAUAAAAUCUCACAGUCCAGCCGUGCGGUUACAUCCGCUCUGGCUUUUAUCAGUAGUUCUGCCAAUCCUAUCCUCUACGCCUUUGCUGGACGCUCUUACAUCAAAGCUGACGGCCUGGCAUUCAUGGCUCGACUCUUUGAGGGCACAGUCCUGGACUAUGGUGCCCGAAGAAGCCAGACCAAAGAGGUUAUCAGACUUUAAACCUCAUGGAGUGGAGAACCAUAUAAUCUAAGACAGGACAUUUUUGAUACUAAAAGGGAAUUAACACCAGGGAAAAUGCAUAUAGCAGUCAUUUAAAAUGCAUUUAACUCCAUUGAUAUAAAUGAGCCAAUUCACCUACAUAUUAAAAUGAUCUUUAAAGUUCGCAGUUUACAAAGUUGUUAUACAUAUGGAUCAGCCAUUGUUCCUAUGGAACAAUCCUGGUAAAUCUGGAGUAGUUUUGCACAAUUGUACGAAAAAGAAACCUUGUACUCUAAUGUAAAUAUAAAUACUCUACACAAAGAGUACUUACAACAGUGUUCAUUUACAGGAGUGGGAUUAUGAAAUUACAUUAGCAUGAGAACAUUUAGAAUUAUAGUUUGUGCUUUCACUUGUAGGCAAUACAACCUCAAAUGCAGAAAACGAACACUUCAGAAGGACUGUUUGAAGCGUCAAAUAUUUAAGGCAAAUAGUUUGACAUCCAGGUUCAAAGGAACACACAUUAAAUUCACACGAUGAAUUAAACCAGAUAUAAAUGAGAAUUUAUUGUUGCAGUUUCAAGUCUUUACAUCACUGACGGUAUACACUGCAGUCACCUUUCAAACCAACAAGACAGCAUGCAACUCAAAAUGGACAAAUCUACAAGUCAGAAUUGUAUAUUCUUCUGUUAGGUAGCAUAGAAAUGUUUGUCUCUAGCAGGCCUAUGUAAACCUCAAUUGACUCCACAGUAAAGAGACAGAUCACAUGAAGUAAAUACCUAAACAAAGAAAACAAUACACAGAAUUAGAAUAAAGAGAUCACAGACGGUUCUUUAAGGAUGCGCUUAAUGUCAGAAUAAACGAAAAACCUACCUUAUUGAACACCUCCCUGCUAACCUUUUAAUAAGUUGAGGUUCCUGCAUUCAGACUAAAGUUAAGAUUAGUUUUAACCAAAGAGGUCUUUUUCAGAGCAGGUCAAGAAAUCACUGAAUUUCAUAAACACCAGGUAUUUCAUCAACUUUGUGCAAGACAUUAGCAUGAGAAAUAUGAGAUUUGGACUCACCAUUGGACUCAAGCAUAGGGACUCGAGGUGGGUCCCUGUAAAAUACAUUUUCGCACAUUAGAAUGAAUUCUGAAGGAACCAUAACAUCACAUCUUUAUUCCGCAGCUUUAACCAGUCAGUGCAGUAGGUUUGUAAUCAUUAGAUUCAGGUGAAACACGGACUGCAAAAAUCAUCAUGUCAAGGUUGAGAAGCUGCGCACUUGGUUCAGGCAAAAACGUUACAGCAAUGAUACAAGCAGCAUCUGGAUGUAGUUAAAGCAGAUGCACCUGCAAAUUCAGCCAUCAACAAAAUGUAUUGAAAAAAAAAAAAAAAA